AUGCUAGCAAACCGCAAGCAGAAGAAGGAAGAAAACAUAGCCAAGUAUCUACAAGAACUUAAACUUCUGAGUAAGGAUUGCAAUUUUCGUGCCAUAGAUGGAAAUACUUAUCGAGAUGAAGCCGUUAGAGAUGCCUUUAUAAGUGGAAUUAUGAACCCCCAUAUUCGACAAAGACUACUAGAAAAAUCGUCCUUGACAUUAAAAGAAGCUGAGGACAUUUCACGUUCACUUGAGUCUGCACAGAAGAGCUGUGAAGCAUAUGGAUCUUCCAACCAAAUUGAAGUCACAUAUUGCAACACUUCAUCAACACUACCAGAUCAACUGGAUGAAAAUAUAGAUCCUGAAGAGUCUCCUACUUCAGCAGCUGUAGCGAAAAACUUUAAACAGAAGUGUUUCUACUGCGGUGGCCGGCGUCAUUUUACUCGAAACGACUGUCCUGCCAAAGAUGCUACUUGCUCUGGUUGUAAGAAAAGGGGACAUUUUGUGAAGGUAUGCAGGUUGGUGAAAACUCAAGUGAAUCUAGAUUUUGGAGGAGAUAAGUUACCUCUGUCCAUUUGUAAUGUUGCCUGUGCUUCUGUGGAACCACCAUGCCUUUUUCAUAAUCUAUCACCUGACUGCAAGCCCAUUGCAACUAAGUCUCGUAGGUAUUCUAAUGAUGAUGAAAAGUUCAUCAACUCUGAAGUGCAAAAACUCCUUCAAAGUGUCGGCAUGGGUACUAGUAAAAUAAAGAAUGAGAAAAUCACUAGAUGGCGUCUUGAGUUGUCACCUUAUUCUUUUGACAUACAGUACAGACCAGGCAAAGAAAACGUCACCGCAGAUGCAUUUUCACGCGUUUGUGGAGCUGUCACAAACAUAAAUUGUGAUGACAAGCUUUUUGCACUUCACCAGUCACUCUGCCACCCUGGUAUCACUAGGAUGUACCACUGGGUAAAAAGUAAAAAUCUCCCAUACUCAGUUGAGGAUGUUAAAACAAUGACAAAUAAAUGCCCAAUGUGUGCAGAGAUUAAACCUCGUUUCUACAAAACUACAAAUGCUCACCUUAUCAAGGCCACAAAACCUUUUGAGCGACUAAAUGUAGAUUUCAAGGGUCCUUUGCCAUCUUGCACACGUAAUCGAUAUCUAUUGACUAUAAUCGAUGAAUAUUCACGCUUCCCUUUCGCAUAUCCCUGCAGUGAUAUGUCCUCAAGCACAGUAGUUCGCUGUUUAGAAAAUCUAUUUUCAAUAUUUGGAAUGCCAAACUACAUUCAUUCAGAUAGAGGGACAUCUUUUCUUUCAAAAGAACUCAGAGACUACCUUCAUGAAAGAGGGAUAGCCACCAGUCAAACGACUCCAUAUAAUCCGGCAGGGAAUGGCCAAGUUGAAAAGUUCAAUGGAACAUUGUGGAAAGCAAUCUUGUUAGCUCUAAAGUCCAGGUCACUAAAGGUAGAACAAUGGGAAGUUGUACUCAAUGAUGCAUUGCACUCCAUAAGAUCUCUUUUGUGCACUUCGACUAACAGUACGCCACAUGAAAGGUUUUUCAUUCAUCCUCGGCGAUCCCUCAAUGGCACUUCACUGCCAGCUUGGCUCAUGAAACCAGGACCGAUAUUCUUAAAAAGAAAUGUUCGGCCAUCAAAAUUUGAUCCUUUAGUAGAGGAAGUAGAGCUGAUGGAUGCUAACCCUCAUUAUGCCUUGGUUAAACACAAUGAUGGAAGAAAGUCAACUGUAUCCCUCAAGCACCUUUCUCCAAGGGGGGAUGUAAGUCUACUAGAAGACCAAGUCCUUCCAACGCUAAAAGAAAAUCCUCAACUGGUGACAGAUGAAUCACAACCACAUGUCAUUCCAGAGCCGAGCAUUAAUCCAGAUCCAAAUGUCAAUCCAGAACAGAAUGUCACUCCAUUUGAUAUCCAAGACCAUGAGUAUCAACCAAAUGAUGAUUAUCAACCGAACUUCAUUCCUGAACAAGACUCUGAAGAAAACCAACCUCUAGAAAGGCCGAAAAGAUCAAGAAAACCACCAAGUUACCUCGCUGAUUACAUUGUUUAA